UUUUCGCCGCCGCCGCACCGCUUUUUUCACUCAACACCCUCCCUCGCCAACAACACCCAGCGGCAUCCCCUCUCCAUCCUUAUUUCCUACAUCCAUCCCCACCGUCACCACCAAAUCGUCGCCCCGUCGCCAGGUGUCUAGCCUCUUGCGCCCAUAUACCUCGUUAUCGACACAACAUCCGCAGUCAAACCCUGUCAACAACAAGCUGCAACGCACCCCGAAGCGCUCCUUUCAAGCAUUUGAAACCCACUUACUGCCCAGUCACUACCCAUCAUGUGUGAGUACCUGCUGCUAUCUCUCGCCCUUGCAUAUACACUUUUUGCCGCAUUGUUGCCUCGUGGCUGUGCUGCUAUACUCUUAACCGGCAUACGUAUAUAGACCCAUUUCCUUUUGUUUCCUUUCGUGACCAAGCUUCCCCAGUCAACCUACGCUCUUUGCUCCCUGCGCUCUACAAUAACGCCCCUGGGAGUGUGCAAACAUUCCCAUACGCCGCCUAUCGCACGCUUGGACGUGAGAAUAUAAACCGACGGGCCCACGGGGAGCAGCUUUUCUAGGCAGUGCUGCCCGCACGGAUCGUCCACCCUUCAACUUGAUCUGUCAUCUUUUGUCUUUUUCAUUCUCCAUAUAUACACGCCACUCUCUUUUUACUCUACUCUACUCUCGCCCAGCAUGGCCGACCUCAUUUCCGAUAUAUCCUCGGCAGCAGCUGAAACAACCACUAAUCCUGCAUCUUCCACAGCCGACGUCUCCACAUCCGACGCAGCCACCACCUCCCAGGCCGCCACUACCUCUCAAAUAGCCUCUUCCUCUGCCGCCCAAUCAUCGACUGCCCAAUCCUCCGCCCAGACCACCUCCGAAGCCGCCACCAGCAGCGCCAGUCCCACGACCUCUGACGGGGGUGACUCGGGGACGAGUCAAACAGGGUCCGCUUCCCCGUCUACGUCGCCUAGUGCGUCUGCGUCUGACACGGGCGAUGGAGCGACGACCUCUCAGGCUCAAACAAGCGACGGUGCGACGACGAGCCAGGGCGCGAGCGCCAGCGCGAGUGCGAGUGGCACUUCGGCCAGCCCCAGCGCCUCGGGUGACUCCACGACUGUCGUCUCAAGUGGGGGCGGGGUGGUCACGUCUACUAUCGCUGCCUCGACAUCUUCAUCGUCUGGGGUUGCGACCACGACUGGGUCUGAUGGCAAAAGCACAGUAUACAUCACCAUGACCAACAGCGAUGGCGUCGUGACUGUCUCGCCUACUGCGACUGUCGACAGUGGAUCAUCGGGAAGCUCAUCAAGUGGUUCAUCUAACCACACUGGUGCUAUUGUUGGCGGUGUCGUCGGUGGUGUCGCUGGUCUUGCACUUCUUGCUAUUCUACUGUGGUUCCUUCUCAGAAGGAAGAGGUCUCGCCGCGAUGACUUUGACGACAUGAUGUUUGACCCCGGACGGCCCGAAAAUCAGGCUCCAAUUGACCUUGGUCCCGACGGUGGCGCUCCCACUGUCGAACCCUACUAUGCUCCGGGCGUUGCUUCCACCGCUGCCUCUCCUGAAAUGGCGCAAUACCCUCGUUCCGCUGCUACGACCUCUGACGGUGGCUACGGCGCCGUGUCUUCGGGUGGACCCUCUACUGCUGGCUUUGCAGGCCGUGGCGCUGGCGGGUACGAUUACAACAUGGAACCGAUGCCCAUGCCCUCUGCUCAUCCCACUGGUGUCGAGUCAUCCGCCGCCGGUCUUGGCACAAUGGGCGCCAAGCAGAGAGAGGCGCAGCAAGAAGCAAACAGGUAUCAUGUGCAGAACCAAGGGUACCAAGGUGUACCCGGCUCCUCUGGGCCUAUGAGUCCUACAACGACGGACAGGGCCGGGGUGACGGUGCAUCAGGAUGGUGGUGCGGUGGACGACGCGUACAGCAGUGAAAUUCCGCCGACGUAUGAUUCUAUCCCUGCUUCCCGCAGAGAAUAGAUUUCCCCUCGCUAGUUAUGACUUUUGUAUACAUUCGGCCCGUUCCGUUCUCUACCAUCAUCAAGUUAUACCAGAGCACGCUCAUUAGUAGUAAUAAACCAUCUGCAUACCUGCUAGUUUCCAAUUUGCGUGUUUUGGUCUGCGGGAUGUAUGUAAAUGUACCACACAAAGACUGAUGGCGAUUGGAAGUUUAUUACGUUGGAUCUGUCAACAAGGUCCCUGGGAAGGAAUCUCUCUCUACGCAGAAGGGAACAUCUUUUCAUAAUAUCGAUAGACUUUAUGCUAC